AUGAUAUCAGUAAGAUUCUAUGGAACUACAGCAUAUCUCAUCGACAAAAGUCUUAUACCAAUAGUUUUGUUAUGGAUUGACCCAGUUGUUGGAUAUAACUUCAUAACUUAUGGUUCAUUCGAUAUGGAACGUUGCAGUGAAGGCUUACUUUACAUCGUUCAGAAACCGAAGGACUUCAAUACAAAAAGAUAUAAGAUAGGAAGAACAUAUAAUAUAACUCAAAGAUAUGACUCUACAGUCAAUAGAGUCAAAGUUGUGUUCGUUAAUGAUAUGAGAGCUGCUGAAACAGAACUACUUGAAAAGUUUGAGAAAAUGUAUGGUGCUCCCAUAAAAGGUAAAGAAACGUUUGAAGUAGAUGAGAUAGAUAAAGCUAUAAAAUUAUUUGACGAAGUUGCUGAAAAAUACAUGUAA